AUGAAGGCAGACAGGCCGAUCAGGAUGUUGGCCACCAGCGAGAUGAAGGAGCUGCACUCUCUGGGCUUCAGAGACGCGCUGCAGUGUGAGGAGGCCCUGCGGCUGAGUGGAGGAGAGGUGAAGGGGGCUCUGUCUCUGCUGCAGCGCCCCCUGCUGGAGCCUUUCCACCGGCGAAUCUGGGCCAACCAGGCCGAGCCGCCAAUAGAUCCUUCAGAUCCGGACAAACCGAGGAUGUGCAGGCGUCUGCUGGCGCUGUACGAGCUGCCCAGCUGGGGGCGCUGCGAGCUGGUCCUCUCGCUGCUGCAGGAGCCCGACGCCACCUACACUCUGGAGGACGUGGUGCAGGCCGUGAAGGAGUCCCAAGACAAGGACUUCAUCAGGCGUGUCCUCAAGAACGAAUGCCCCUGCUGUCUGAGCAGCUUCCCCCGCAGCAAGAUGCAGUCCCUGACUUCCUGUCAGUGCUCCGUGUGCCACGAAUGCUUCGGGUCCUACUUCAACAUCACCGUGAGAGACAAACACAUCAGAGACAUGGUGUGUCCCAUCUGCAGCGAGCCGGACAUCAACGACCCCGAACAGCUGGACAGUUACUUUUCCACACUGGACAUACAGCUGCGGGGCUGCCUUGAGCCAGGCGUGUACGAUAUGUUCCAUAAAAAGCUGACUGAGCACGCGCUGAUGAAAGACCCAAAGUUCCUCUGGUGCUGUCAUGUGAGUUCAUCACGAUCUGGUGUUCCUCCCUGUUCCCCAGCCUUCAGUCCGACUCCCUCCUCCACCUGUAGUUUGCAUGCUUCGCGUACAGAUUUGCCUUUUUAAUGAGUUGUUCUAUUUUUAGCUCUGUUGGACCGCCGGAGCUCAAGUAGUUUUAGUCACAGUGUGAUUUGAAACGGAAAAGUUAUGGGAACAUACAAUUUAAUGUCCAUGGUUCAGGAAAUUAGUUUACGUAAAAAAGUGAGUAUAGUAAGCAUGUACUACUAUAAGGAUAUAAACUAAGAGGGAUCCUACAUGAAAUAAAAAGCAAAGCUCACAGAGGGAAUUUUUCUGAUGAUUGUAAGGGAAACUUCUGUCGCACUGGAGAGUCAGGACUCAGAGAGAC